UUUCUCGGACCAUCAGGCGCUCUGGGAGAGAUUGGAGCUCAAGGCUUUGGAGGAUCACCAGGUCCACCGGGCAAAAUGGGCCCCAGAGGAGUAAAAGGUCUCUUAGGAGUUAACGGACCUCCGGGUCAUCAAGGUGAGCUGGGCGCCAGAGGAGCAGCUGGACCACAGGGAGAGACUGGUCCUGAUGGAGCGGUUUGGCUCCCCGGUGUCCGUGGCCCUCAGGGAAACCCAGGACCAGAAGGACCUCCGGGUCCUAAAGGAGAACCUGGGGAUACGGGACAUGAAGGGGACAUCGGGGAACCUGGACCAUCUGGACUGAAUGGAGCCAAUGGGAAUCCAGGAAAGGCCGGACCCUCAGGUGAUCCCGGGACGAAAGCCAAGCGAGGAGACAAGGGUAAUCCAGGGUUUAAGGGAGACCUGGGACCUCCAGGGCCUCCAGGUAAACAAGGAUUAAAGGGCCGACGAGGCCCCUCAGGACUUGAGGGAGAUGUAGGACCAGCAGGGCCACCAGGACUUCCUGGAUCCAGUGGCUAUGAUGGCAUCUUGGGGGAGCAAGGGAAGCAGGGAAAAGAUGGACUGAAGGGAGAUCGAGGGCCAAACGAUAUUCAAGGAGUUUCUGGCCCUCGAGGCGACAAGGGUCGAGAAGGUCGAGUAGGAUUUUCUGGAUUUCCAGGUCCAAUUGGAGAGAUGGGGAAGUCUGGGGAGCGAGGACGUGAAGGAGAACCUGGUAUUAAGGGAAUGCUUGGAGUCUUCGGAGGGACGGGACCUAAAGGCUUAAAGGGAGUUCAAGGUCAUUUAGGUAACAGAGGACAUGAUGGACCUCCUGGAGUUCUGGGAUCCAUCGGUGCAAAUGGGAUGAGUGGGGACACUGGACCUCUAGGACCAAAAGGAUUUCCUGGGAAGACAGGAGCUGCCGGCCUCCAAGGACCCAUAGGGAACAGUGGAGAAGCUGGCAGCAGAGGAAUGAAGGGGACACCAGGACAGCCAGGAGUGAGAGGGGUUAAAGGUAAAGAAGGCAGAGGAAGACUUCCAGGAAGUGAAGGCUUAAAGGGUAAGAGAGGCGAGGAGGGACCAGGAGGGAAAACAGGCCGCCCAGGUGAGAUGGGCAUGUCUGGACCUCGGGGAUACAGAGGAUCUGCUGGUAACCAGGGUAACAUUGGACCUUGGGGAGGUAUUGGGCCCCGUGGCCUCCCAGGUGACCAGGGGCCACGAGGUCCAGUCGGCCAUCUUGGAGUCGCAGGUUACUCAGGUAAAGAUGGAGCUCAGGGACCAACGGGAUCAGCUGGUGUCAAAGGAGCUAAGGGAUCCAGAAGAGCUUCAGGGCAGGAGGGAGUUGCUGGUCUCGAUGGUGAGGAGGGUCCAGUUGGACUGAAGGGACCUGAGGGCCCGGCUGGACAGAAAGCCAUAUCUGGUGACAAGGGAAACAUUGGAACUCCUGGAGAGAAGGGGCCGAAGGGAGAUGAAGGCAACAGAGGCAACCGAGGGCCACAGGGAGCAAAGGGGCCACCAGGGAAACAGGGAUACAGUGGUUCUUCAGGGGACAGAGGAAAAGUAGGAGUUCCAGGGCUCAAGGGUGAGCCAGGAACCAGAGGUUCAUCAGGAAUGCUUGGACAGUUCGGACCGGGGGGCAACACCGGGGCAGCGGGGGCCAAAGGCCAGAAGGGGCUCCGGGGACAAACUGCCCCCCCCGGCAGUAUAGGCCCCCCUGGACAAACUGGACCAUCAACACCAGGUUUGCCAGGCAAUCGAGGUGUUGUGGGAAAAACUGGAAUCCCUGGACUAAAGGGCAGUCACGGUGAGACGGGCAAGCUCGGUGUUCAAGGCAUCAGAGGAGACAUGGGCAUCAGAGGUCGAAAGGGUGCAAAAGAAGAGCCUGGGACAAGAGGCACGAUGGGGACAGUGGGAAAGAGGGGGUUCAUCGGCACUCCAGGUGCUAAAGGUCUCCCUGGACCUGCUGGUCCUCCAGGUCUUCCAGGUUUUAAAGGAACUCAGGGGCCGAAGGGGAAAAGAGCCAAACCUGGAAGGAACGGAAACAAAGGAGCUCCUGGAAAAACUGGAGAUGAAGGUCCACUGGGGAGACCAGGACCUGCAGGACGACAUGGAAAACUCGGCCUCAGCGGUUUGGAUGGGUUACUCGGGGUUGAGGGUAAUGAAGGAGAUCCGGGAGAUAUCGGUUUCAGAGGAGCUCCUGCGACACCCGGCCGGCCUGGGAAACGGGGAAAACCUGGAUCUCCUGGGAUCAGGGGAAACACUGGAGCUCCAGGGUUCAAGGGUAAAGUGGGACCAAAAGAAAAACAAGGACCACCUGGACCAGCGGGGCCAAAGGGUAUUCCAGGACUGAGAGGAGAGAAGGGAGAGUCUGCAACUACUGGUCCGAAGGGUCUCCCAGGUGACAUGGGAAUCCUGGGACCAAUCGGGCCACCUGGGUUAAAGGGGAAUCCUGGUUUGCAGGGGCUGAAAGGUCAAAGAGGUCAUAAAGGAAAGCAGGGCCAUACCGGUCCUCGUGGUCCACAUGGGCGAAAAGGCUUCCUUGGACUCGCUGGCCAGACUGGGAAGAAGGGAAUGAAAGGUGUCCAAGGCAGGAGAGGACCGAAGGGAGCCGGGGGCAAGCAAGGACCUCCAGGAAAACCAGGAGCACCAGGCAUCACGCGCAGGCGUACACACAGACGGGGGUCCAAGCCUGAGGCAAAACCACGGCAAGGAAAUGUGCUAAAGCCCAAAACAUCACCCAGUACAAGAUCACAACUGACUAAUAGGCCAAGAUCCAGACAAAUCCCUUUCCUCCUGAAGCGAGGGGAAGGACGACAAAAGCGGCCCAGGUCGGUGUCCAGGAGAGGGUCUGAAGUCGACGAGGCGGAGGAGUCGUACAGCUGGCCUCUGGGAACCAAAGAGGAUCCUGCCACCACCUGCUACGAGCUGGGGCUCGUACACCCCCAUCUGACUGAUGGUUACUUUUACCUGGACCCCAACCAAGGCUGCGCCUAUGAUGCUGUGAAGGUCUUCUGCAACUUCACAGCAGGAGGAACAACCUGCAUCGUCCCUUUACAGUCACAGAUUAAAUUAAAUUGGGAACCAGAGAAGAAGAAAUCGAAAACAUCUGUCCAGUGGUUCAGUCAGCAGCGCGGUGGAAACAAGUUUGAGUACGCCGGCGUGGAUGUUGUCCAGCUGAGGUUCCUGCGGUUACACAGCCACACAUCUUUCCAGCACAUGACUGUCCGCUGUGCAUCAAACCACUCGAGUACGGCGGGAACAACAAAUUCAGCCAAUAGGAUUAUUCACUUCCUGGGAGACUCUGGCAAAGAAAUAAUUUCACGCUUUACCACCGUGUCCAGGGAAGGCUGUGAGGUGGAGCUGGUUGUGAUGGUUCGGGGGAGCACGGAGCUACAUCGAGGCGAUAUGGAGUUACUUCCUGUCAGAGAUCUGGGUGUGGAGGUGUUGUUUCCUCCUCUUGUCCCUGAAAUCACCGUUGUUUUGGGAUCCCUCUGCUUCUUGUGACCUAUGAGAAGUGUGUGUGCAUGUGUGUGUGUGCAGGUGCACAAUAAAUUACUGUAAAUAUCUCUUUUAUAUCGAAAGCAGGGAUAUAUGGUGUCUGGAUAAUUCACAUGAACAAUUCUGUUUGGAUUCAUUUGCUCAGUGCUGUACUGCUUUUUGUGUAUAUUUAUUGAAGCUAACUGAAUUGUUAGAUUUUAUCAUAUGGAGCUUUAUAUAAGUUGUUAUUAAAUGUUCAUGUAGUACCUAAUUGUAUUUGUUUAAACAAAGCACUAUCAAAAUAAAAGCAUCACUUUGAACAU